GUGGAGUAACUGUGGAGAUCAGUGAUUUCAAUCCUUUUAAAACUGAGUUUCCUUUUCUGUAUCUCUACACGUUCUUUUUUCUUUCUGCUGGUAUAAACUGACAGUGACCGUCCAGCAGGUGUGUGUGUGUGUGUGUUUAGUCUCUGAGCUCCUCACUGACUGAUGUUUGUGUUGGAAUGUGGGCAGAGCGAGGAUUAGCGGGGUAAUCCUCGACCAGAACCACGUUAAUCCUGCACCUCGUCCCUCACAGCCCUGGACACUGAGCUGUUGAGACAGAACGCAGGGCUCAGGCUCGGUGCCGCUUUCUCAGGUAAAGAGAAAGAAAACCAGACGGAAGAAGGCGGAGAGAAGGAUAAAUGAUACCAAGAUACCAACUAAUCUGUUUAUAGAGAGAAGUGACCUUAUGAAGGAUCAGCCAGAGCAGAAACAAGACUUGGUAAAAACCUGUGUAUGUGUGUGUGGCUGGGUGUUAACUCACCACAACAUCAGUUUUCACUUCAGCUCUCAGCAGAACUCUGCAAACACCUGACACCUGAGUGAAGCAGGUUCAGUUCACACAAAAUUUCUGAUGUAAAGAGUCCAACAGCCUCCACCCACACAGACUGAGUAACAGUGUCCUCUGUUUUAACGACCUCUCACCUCUGCUCAGUGUCUGGAGUUCGGCGAGGGCUCGGUGACGGGGGACAUGUGCGAGGACCUGUGCGUGCACGGCCUGGUCGAGUACAAGCGCUGCCUCUACUACGAGAACGGGAAGAAGGUGAUCGAGGCGCGCUGGAGAGGAAGCUCCAUCAUCCUCAAGUCCAAACUGGAGAACUUCUCCUCCUACGAGCCGCUGGGAAUACUGGACUACCAGGACACAGCAGAGGAGCUCUCUCCUGUCGAUGUGGUUUUCUACGCCACUCUGGAAGUACGAAACUCUCUGGGGCUGGCUGAGGAGAACGAGGACGAGGAAGGAGGAGGAGGAGGAGGAGGAGGAAGUAACAGCUCUCUGGCCAAACUUUGGGGAAAGAAACUGAAAAACAGAGACAAAGGUUACUCCAGAGCAGAGCUGGCCUCCCUCUGGUCCCUGCUGCAGCAGGAGGAGUACACCUUCCUCAGAGUCCUGCAGGAUCUCAGUACCCACGUGGCCAAGGUGUUGGGCUCCUGCGGUCAUUUCUACGCCGUGGAGUACCUGUCUGCGGGACACGCCUGGGACCAGAACAUCUUCUCCCUGGAGGAGGUGGCUGUCUCGGGGUUGCAGGAUCAGGACCGAGACGGAGCCCGUGGGAGGUGGACCACCAGGGAGAUGGUGCACCGCAUCGCGCUGAGCUUCCUGGACAUGGUGUGGCACUUUGACAACGACUUCACCCACAAGCUGCACCUGUGCGACAUCAAACCGGAGAACUUCGCCAUCAGAAAGGACCUGACGGUUGUAGCCAUCGACGUGGACAUGGCGUUCUUCGAGCCGAAGAUGAGGGACAUCCUGGACCAGAACUGCAGCAGCGAUGACGACUGUAACUUCUUCGACUGUUCGUCCAGGUGUAACCUCAACAAACGCAGGUGCAGCCCCCGCCGCAGGAACAGCAACCUGCAGGUGAUUUGUGAGAAGAUUUUCAGGCCGUGGUUUUCUCCAACUCUGCUCGGGGCCAAAGCAGGACUCCCUCUGCAGGUGGAGCUGCAGCGAGUGGUGCAGGAGUGUUCAGAAGCAGAUGGAGGUGUGGAGGAAACAGAGGAGGACGGAGGAGGAGGAGGAGGCAGAAGAGACAUCCAUCAGCGUCUCCUCAAGAUCCUGACCCGCCUCCUCCACGAGGGAGGGGCUUCAGGUGAAGGAGGAGGGGCGUGGGAGGAGAAAGACCACGUCCACACUGCACUGAACUUCUGAGGAGCUGAAAGGAAAGCUAAAGGACCUGCAGAGGGAGAAACAUACCAGUGCACUCUCUACUCUUAAUACAGGAAUAAAGACACUGACACUCUAUUUCUCCUGAUUUGGGACAUUUGGUUCCAAUGAAAGGAAGAACUGAAGUGGUCCUGACCUCUGACCUCACCUUUGAGGUGAACUGUGAGCCAGACCUUCUCACCCAGCAGGUGAUCUGAGGUCUGGACCUCACUAAUACUCUUAGGUCUGAGUGGGAAUAAACCCCCCCCCCCCCCCCCCCCCCCAGGAAAAGUCAACAGACUGUUGGACAUACACCAGGGAACAAUUUACUAAAUGUUGUGUCCCAGUGUCGACUAUCUGUGGAGAGACCUGCACAUCAGGACUGGAAACUGAGACAAACUCAGCAAUGCCUUAAGUGUCUUCUCAUCAGAGGAAUAUAUUAUGGAUCCUGUGUACAUGGAUCCUCUCUGAUUUUUUCUUCCUUUACUAAACCAGUUAGUCUCAGUGAGAUUUAAAAACUCUCUCUCGUUUGAAGAGAGACUGUAGUAAGAAAACGUCUGUGUACAUAAAGUAUAAACGCUGUAAAAGGCUCUAUGUAGGAAGUGAAAAUGUAUUAAUGAUGUAAAACUUUGGUUUCAUAGCUACAGUAAGGACUAAUGGAGUCCAUGGUCAUGUGUCAGGCUUUUAAGUUUGACAGUAAACUGGUGAGUUUAGUGGUUUUCACCCAUUAUUUAGUCAUUUUAGACUGAUCUGAUAACUGAUGUUGUCGGACUGAAGCUGCUAAAUUUAACUGUUUUCAUUCCCAUGCUUUCAGUGGCUUUAAAGGUCUAGUUCAACAUUUAGAUUUAGAUGACAACUGGAUAUAAAGCACGCUCUUAUAGCUCAGAGACUGCGUCUAUAACAAGCAAACCAAGCAAAAUUUUAAUUUGGCUGCCGUCGCCUUCAAAGUCAACGAUACAUCACUCCCUUAAUCCCUGAUUGCACCUCAUAUGAAGACUGGAAACAGUUAGCCUGGCUCUGUCAACACGUAACAUACCAAACACAUUAUAUCUUAUCGUUCAUUUCCCCAACUGCCGUUCUUAAUUUAUUAGUUUUUGUGUUUACGUCUGCAGUUGGACUGGAUCUCACGGGUUCUGUGACAUCGCUGAGUCAUCUUGAUUUUAACGUGCUGUAGCUGCGACUAAAUGGCCUCAGCAGGGCCAGGCUUCUGUAAACUGACAAACCAAAUGUAGUAAGGUUUGUUUUCAUACGUACGGUUCAGCUGAAUAAUAAAAUCUAUCAUGUUUAGA